UACAGUUUCAGUGUUUAUGAUCCGAACAAUCUGUCAAGUAGUGCCGUGCAAAUUCCGUCGCUUGUGUCAUCCGUGACCGUCAGCGAAGGAUCAAUCGGACCAUAUUUGUGUUAAAAUACUUGUUUUCUAAUAAUUUUACAAAAUGUCUAGGCCAGGAGAUAGACCUAAUCAAGCGCAGACGUAUAAACUAGUCGUCGUGGGCGGUGGUGGUGUUGGGAAAAGUGCUAUCACUAUACAAUUUAUCCAGAGCUAUUUCGUGACCGACUAUGACCCUACAAUUGAAGACAGCUACACGAAGCAAUGCGUGAUAGACGAUAUUCCCGCGAAAUUGGACAUCCUGGACACAGCGGGUCAGGAGGAGUUCUCCGCCAUGCGCGAACAAUACAUGCGCUCAGGCGAAGGCUUCCUCCUCGUAUUCUCCGUGGCUGAACACUCCAGCUUCGACGAGCUAUACAAGUUCCACAAGCAGAUCCUACGCGUCAAGGACCGGGACGAGUUCCCCAUGCUCAUGGUGGGGAAUAAAGCUGAUUUGGAGGCGCAGAGAGUGGUAUCACUAGAAGAGGCCCAAGCCCUCUCUCGCCAGCUCAAAGUGCCAUACAUCGAGUGCAGCGCCAAGGCCCGCAUGAACGUCGACCAGGCCUUCCACGAACUUGUGCGCCUCGUACGCCGGUUCCAGGAGGCCGAGAGAGUCCACAUCAAGGCCGAGCACGGCAGAAAGAGCAGGAAAUGCGCGAUUUUGUAACGUACGUAAGGUUUUGUGUUCAGAUGCUGUUAAGUCUUUGCUGGAAGUCAAGGUUAGAACACCAAUGUAUUGAGUACCGGUACGUUUAAGAUUGAAGUUUUUUUUUGUAACUCAAUGCAGCCAAAGCCGUCUGCGGGAAAUUCCGUACACGUACAUGUUUAAAUUGAUUACAAUUUAAUUGUUUCAUUUGUGUAACGAAAUUAGUCAUACAUAUAGUUAUAUUUCGUUACACAAAGGAAUCAAUUAAAUUUUGACGGGAACCUUUAACUAUGUUCAAUUUGAAGAAAUGGCUCCAUGAUUUUAGCAAUGUUGAGGCUCUGUAUUAUACGAAAGAUCGGGUCGAAAUGAAAACUUAUUUACUACUAAUGAAUCUUAAUAUAAGAUUUAACAUAACAAAAUUUAAAUCAAUCUAACUGGGAAAGAAACGAUAAAAGAAAGAUCAUUAUUAAUUUAAUUAACAGCAAAGCUAAGACUUAGCAGUAGAUUAGGAAUAAAUGAAACUAGCUAGCGGUCAUGUUUGCCCUUAAAACCUUUGUUCAGGUUUAUAGAGUCACAUCUAUGACUGUCCAGUCAGUAUCAAAAAUUCAAAAGUAGCGGAUCAGACUACGCGUGAAAAGUAUCAUUCUCUCAUAACUUGACAAAAAUAAAUAUGUCUCUAUAGACAUAUAGCAUAUUACAAAUACUUUUAAACGCAAACUGUCGUGAUUUAUCUCUAUGUGGAAAAGUAAUCGGGGGUGACAGAUACUUUAUACGCGUUGUUUCAUACUCUACUAUUGAAGCUUACUGUACACUGUACACUAUAUCUAGCUAAACAGAGCUGUACCUCUAAUAAUCUGAACAUGUAAAACAUAUUUUUAUAUCACAAUAUUUAAUAUUUAUUUUUUGUUCCGUGAGAUUUGUUUUUCUACUCUUUCUUUACAUUUUUUUAAAGCAUAGACUAUUUUAAGUCUAGGUAUUUAUUCUUAUUUUUUUAGGUUGUUCUUAAGCUUUAUUACGGGAUAGUUAUGAUUUGUUGGUGGAUGCAUUUAUUGUUUCAAAUAUUAAGAGUAAAAAAAUAAUUACAAUGCAUCAAUUACAUUUUUGUUGUUAUUUUUCCAUAUAUUAUUUUAGAGGUGCUAUAUUUCUUUUACUAGUGCCAUACUUCAAAUUACUACUGAGAGAAAAGAACACCAAAUAUCGCUUUAAAAUUAAGGCUUUAAUUUUAACAGUUAUUUUGCUGUAUUGUUAAUGUAUACGGCCAUUUAGAUAUACCGAAUUUAAGGUUGAAUAAGGCUUAUGUUUGUCAAAAAGAUAUAUAUAGUUAUCGUGUAGCAAAAAUUUUACAUACAAUUUUUAUUACAAAAUUUCGUUACACAAUGGAACUUACUAAAUUUUAAACUAAGUAAGCUUUUGAUAUAAGCUUUAUUUUAAUUUUCUUCUCUUAUCAAUUCAACUCGUAUAAUGGUCGUAUACAUUUAAUUAGCGCUAUAUGAAGGCGGUGCUAACAUUAUCGACUUAGCUUUUAGCAGUAUAUCUUUAUACAUUUUUGAGUCAUUUUGUCGAUGGGAUUUGAUCCCGAUUAAUCACCGAAGAAGGGUAAAAUUAGAAAAAAAAAGUUGAAAAAUUGUUUAUAUUGACUACUGAAAUAAGGGUGGAUAUAGUAAGGUAAGGUUGACCGGGCUAAAGCGACUAUGGGGCUAUUGUCUAUUUGAGUUCUUUUUUUAAACUACGUGAAUAUAUAAGAGCUCCUCAUCUUGGGACAAUACCCUGAGCUACUUGGAAAUAAAACGUAACAGAGGGCGUUCCGACCAAUCGUAUUCAAGAAAUAACAAAUAGACGCAAUAAACCCAUAGUUGCAUUUACUCCUUAGUUUCAUGUCACCCUGUGCGGCCUGGGCCAUUUAAAUAAAGAAGACUUUCAAUCACGCAUCAAGAGUCUAAGGUAUUCUUUACUUUUACCUCCCUUGAUGUGUGUAAAUAACUAUUCUCUCCCAUUAUUAAGUUGUAUUUAAUACUAAGAAAAUCAGUAACAAAACUAGGACGUCCCCCGAACGUUUGUAAACCAAAUACUAAUGUUUAUGUAUUUUGUUAUUAACAGUUUUUCGGUAUUUUAAUAUUAGCUAGCUGUAGUCUUGUAAUUCGAUGUUCAACGGCUGAAAAGGGACACUGUUUCUUUUAACUGGCUGAUCUGAAUAAUUGAAUUAUUUUGAAAAUCCAGAAAAUAUUUUAAUAUUAGUGAGAACUUGAAAUGUGUUUGACGCAAACGACAUUAAUCUAUUUUAUUUAUCUCAACGUGCUUAAAAUAUAUCUCAACGUGAUUUAGGGCAUUCCACGAGAGUGUCGCAUACUAUUCUAAUAAGUACUUGUGAAAAUGCAGAGAAAGCGAUAUUGGGUCUGGUAAUAUUUUAUGACUUGACUAGUAAAUUGGCAGUAUAUUUUCGAGCUUUACGGAUUUCAUUGAGGUAGCUGCCAUACAAAGCAAAAGCGUUGCAUAGGCGUAUUUCUCGCGGAAUGCCGUACUUGUGUUUAUUUACUAAAAAUAUAUUUAAAUAAUGGGAAUAUAUUUAAAAGAUCAGUGUCAGUUUUGAGCCAGCACAACAAUAAUUACAUAAUAGGAUGCACAUUUUGUAGUUGUUUUGUAAAGAGAUAUACAAUAAAUAUAUUUUUGUAACGUUGUA